AUGUACCCGAAUCCGUCGAUUAAAGUGCUCGGAAAUCUGCAGGAUAGUCCGAAGCUACUAAUAACCACGACCACGUCGGGCGGCGCGCAGCAGAUUCUGCCGUGGAUUAUGUACCACCGCGCGAUCGGCGUGCACUACUUCAUACUCUUCGUGGAAGGAAAGGCGGCUUCGCCGGAAAACGUGGCGAUAUUUGAGUCCAUGGAGGGAGUGACAGUGGUGCAGCGAACGAAGGAGCUGGAGGAUCAGCAGGCUAAAAGUCGCGUGUGGAACGAGACUUGGCUUGCAUUCUUCUUCUACAAGCCCUGCAACUACGAGCUCUUUGUCCGCCAGUCCCUCAACAUGGAGAUGGCCAUCGUCUUCGCCAGGGUGUUGGGCGUGGAUUGGAUAUUCCACGUGGAUACAGACGAGCUGCUCUACCCUGCAGGCACGGCUGACUUCUCCCUCCAACGCCUCAUCCACGACCUGCCCAGCGACGUGGACCUCAUUGUCUUUCCAAACUAUGAGAGUGUGGUGGAAACAGCUGAUGUGGGAGACUCAUUCACUGAGGUUUCGCUGUUCAAGAAGAAUUAUGACCAUGUUACAAGAGAAGCCUACUUCGCACACUACAGGGAUGCAGCACACGGCAACCCCAAUUACUUUCUGACCUAUGGCAAUGGCAAGUCAGGGGCAAAGAUGCAGCCUCAUUUGAGGCCCAAUGGGGCCCACCGCUGGCACAACUAUAUGAAGGUGCCCAAGGAGGUGAAGCUUAUGGAGGCGGCAGUGCUGCACUUCACCUACACCCAUUUUUCCGACCUCACGUCUCGGCGGGACCGCUGUGGAUGCAAGCCCAAUUCAGAGGACGUGAAGAAAUGCUUUAUGCUCGAUUUCGACCGGCUGGCAUUUAUCGUUGCAUCCACACAGACAGAGGAACAGAUGUUCCAAUGGUAUAAGGACCACGUGGUGUGGUCAGACCGUGACAUGAUAGAGAAGCUGCUUAAAAAGGGGAUAUUCGGUCGCAUCCACACACCCCAGCUGAUUCUCCGCAGCAUAUACGCCACAGGCAUCAUCAAUCGCACGCUGGAGGCAGCAGGAGCAGCAGCAGGGCAAGGCCUCUCUAAGUUUGUUAGUAAUAAUGGCCAGAGACGUUCGGGAGAGGCUGGCACGGGUGCAGGUUCGGCAAGGUUCGGCAGUGGUUUGGGAGGAGCAGGUGUGGGCGGAGGCAUGGAAACUGGUGGGAGCGGUGACGGUGUGGCAGCUUCUGCUGGCGGUGCUGGUGGCGCUGGUGGUGGCAGUCGAUUGUUCAGAGGAGAUGCGCUGGAUUCAGCAAGGUUAGCAGAGAGGACUGGUGCAGAGAGGGCUGCAGGCACAGGUGCUGCUGCUGUUGGCGCUGGUACUGGCAGUGCUGGCAAUUCUGGCAAUGGUGGCAGUUCCGGCAAUGCUGGUUCUGGUGCUGCUGACACUGCCACACACACAGGCCCCGACUUGCAGGAGAUGCACACACGAGCGAUCGCACGAAGGCGACUACUGGCAGCGCAAGAGACACAGCCUACUCUGAUAGUGCAAGACUUGGUCUCUGGAGAGGGGGGUCACAGGUAUGGAGAGGUGUGGAGUGGUGAAGGGUUUGAAGGGGUGGUGAUGGGAGUUGGAGGUCAGUUGGAGGCUGCUGCUGUGCCGCCACUGGCCUGUCCUGCUCCUGACGAAUUGUAG